AUGCGCGUAAUCGUUUUUGGUGCUUCUGGUGUGCAGGGAGCCGCUCAGGUUGCCGCUUUGGUACGAACUGGUCACCAUCCUGUAGCAGUCAGUCGCAAUCCCAAGGAAAUCAAGAUAGGAGGGAAACCCGUCGAGACCUUUGCGCUUGAUUUCUCCAACACUGAAGGGAUACGGGAAGUUUUAGCUGGUGGCGAGAUUGUCUUCCUCAAUCUUCCAUCAACUUCAUUUCAGAACUCCGAGCCUGUCAUUGCUGCUGCGAAGUCAAUAGGAGAGGCAGCGGCCGAGAGCAAAAAUGUUCGACUGCUUAUCUUCAACACUAGCAUGCCGGUCCCGGAUGAGACAAAGAACAUAGAAGCGCAGGAUGACAGGCGAGAGAUGCGCCGGCUGCUUAGAGCUACUGGUCUGCCUGUCAUCUCGAUCCAACCUGUUGUAUUCCUGGAUAACCUUCUCGAGGGUUGGGCAAGGCCGGCCCUCGUUGACCGUGAUACUGUUAUGUAUUGCCAUCAGGAAACUCUUGAUGUCUCAUGGAUCUGCCACGACGAUAUUGCAAAAUUCAUGAUAGCCGCUAUGCAGAGGCCAGAUCUUGCUGGUCGGAACUUUGCCGUCGCGGGGCCCGAGACAGUUCGCCUACCACAGCUAACAGAGAAGUUGUCCCGUGCAUGGAAUCGGCCACUGAAGUACGAAAGCCAGAGUGUGGAUGACUUCUGCGACAAGAUCAGCCAGUCAAUGAAGGCGCGAUCGAGUCUGGACCUGGAUAGCGUCAUCAACCAGAUGCGCCGCGCCUACACUUAUUAUCGCGAAAGCAACGAGUUCAGUCCCGACUUGACCGAGGCGCUGAAGGAAUUACCCGUAAACCUAACGCCUAUCGAAGAAUGGGCAAAGGCACACCCGCUGCCUGGUCGUGCACAGUAA